AUGGCAGCAGCUUUUGUAGCAGCAUUCCAGGUGACCGAUAUUCGAUAUGCUAUGACCUACUAUGGCCCUUUCCUGCGGGAUAUUCCACGGCGAUUGGGCAACAGCACCGUCCUAGAUUCAGCCGUGAGAGCUUUAUCUACCGCUUAUCCGUUUCUCCACACGGGCUCUUACCCACCAAAUGUACUCUUUCUCUAUGGACUGUCGCUGCGGGCACUGAGAGAAUGCUUGAACGACCCAGCCGAGGCCCGAAGCCCCAACACUCUAUGUGCUGUCUAUUUGAUUAUCAUCUGCCAGAGUUGGCUAGGAAAACACGAUGAUUCACUCACUAGUCACAGCGAAGCUAUAGCCCAUCUCCUAAGGGCUGCUGCAGUGCAUGAGUGGAACUGCACCUUUGAGAUGGAGAUGGUCAUUACACUUUGUGUGCCUAUUAUACUCGAAGGGAUCGUCAACCCUCGCAUUAAGAUGGACUCGGAAUUUUGGGAACUGACCUCAACCUUCAAACGUCGUCUAUCUACCUCGCGGGACAACAAUAAGCCGCAAUCAACCACGGAGCUGCAACAUCUCGCCAUGUUUCCUAAAUUCGUUCAAAAUCCCGAGCCACACCUUGCCGAAAUUGCAAAGACGUACAUGCAACUGAGACUCGAUGCACAGCAAAUAAAACAACAUCUUGACCAAUGUGCAGCAGCUGCUCUUGGGUCUUUUUCAUCCUCUGAAGUUGCGAGACAUGGCCGUAUCCAAGCAGCUUAUGCAAUUAUCUCUGCGCUGGCUGUGCUAUUGAACAGUCUUCUUCGAGUUUUUGAUCCCUGGAACGCUUCCUUGGUGAGUGAGGCUGUCUUUCUCUGCGAUGAGAUCACAAUCCAAGCCGAACUGGCAUCUUGCUACCGGCCGAUUGGUGCAGGGUAUAUUCCUCUAUGCUUAGCUGUUGCUUGGGCGGCAUCGGAUAAUCUCACCCAGUUGGCAAGAAUAGAGGCGAUACUUUCUGAAUACCAGUCUGAUUUUGCAGACGUGCCUUGGAUGAGCCGUGCUAUAUGGUUAGCCUCUACCUUGGAUAGACACCGCAUACGAGUCAUAUCUGGGAAAGAGUCCCCGGAAUUCCCCUUGGAGACUGUUUCACUGGCUGAGUCAGGAGGCAGUCGUCGCACCGGUACAGAAAAGGCUUCAGUGCGCGCAGAGUCUUGCUGUAUUCUCUAA